AUAUAUUACCUGUGGUUCAUCCCCGUCAGCCUCGGCGACUCGCACAGAGACUCGCACCAAAAUGUUUUUGUGAAGUAUUCAUAAUUUUUGAACAUUAUUUUGAAAGAAAACAUUUUAUUAUUUGAUUUUUUAUCAUAAUCGUCAUGAAACAUGUUUAAAGUAGUGGAAAAGACUGUGUUGUGCGUCUUGGUGGUUGCUGCAACCGUAUCGUGCAGGAUACAUAAACUGCAUCUUUCGGACGAUGAACGUCGUUACGUGGACCUCACGACCUUCGGGUUCUUCAAGGGCGGUAUUCUCGACGUGAAGAUGGUGAACUUUAUGAUGCCGUCGGGACCUGUCUACGGAGAGUACGGUUUCACUUUGGACCGCACGAUAAACGCAGCUAUCAGCCCGUACCUCGCGCAGUCCAACUCAGCAACAUGCUUCCUCAAGGAGAGCGACAACAGUAUAUUAUCACCUCAGCAUCCAGCCAUUGUGUUCUUAAAGAUGGACUUUAAGAAUCUCAGAUUAAAUGUGACGUGUAAAGCCAAAGUGCUGCAUCUUUAUCAGAAUAAAUCUGUCAUCCCAGAUAUGAUACCAACUGAAGAAAAGUGCUCGUAUACAGUCCUACCGAUUACAAAGGAAACGAGGAACGGAUUCGACUUUUAUAACACUAGCUUCGCGCUAUACGUUGCCACGGAGAAAGAGGAAGGCCUGUACAAUCUGUACUUGAACAAUUGUCCAAGUUCCGAUGUUGGUACAGCACCUGCGGUUAAUAUGAUUGUGGAAAUAUACGAAAGCAACGACGGUAACUUCCUAUCGGCUGGUGAAAUGCCUCUCCCAGUACUGUACAGCAUGAUGUCUUUGAUAUUCCUGAUGAGUGCAGCGCUGUGGACGUUCAUACUGCGAGCGAGUCGCCAGCCCGUCUACCGAAUACAUAUAAUCAUGUGUGUGCUGGUGUACCUCAAGGCGUUGUCCUUAGCCUUCCAUGGAAUAAACUACCACUUUAUACAGACUAAAGGAGAACACGUGACGGCUUGGGCGAUUCUUUACUAUAUUACGCAUUUACUAAAGGGAGCAGUGUUGUUCGUGACAAUAGUUCUCGUGGGCACUGGCUGGAACUUCAUCAAGCACAUACUCUCUGACAGAGAUAAGAAGCUGUUCAUGAUUGUUAUACCGCUCCAGGUAUUAGCAAACGUGGCAGAGAUAAUACUAGCGGAGAGCGAGGAGGGCGCGGCCGAGCAUAACGCGUGGCGAGACAUCUUCGUGCUGGUGGAACUGCUGUGCUGCGGCGCCAUCAUGUUCCCCGUCGUAUGGUCAAUACGGCACCUGCAGGAUGCAUCAAGCACGGACGGCAAGGCGGCCAUUAACCUUCGCAAGCUGAAACUGUUCAGGCACUUCUACGUCAUGGUGGUGUGCUACAUAUACUUCACUAGGAUCGUUAUUUCUAUAUUGAAUAUAACAGUACCGUUUCAAUACGCGUGGAUCGACGAGAUGUUCCGCGAGGUGGCGACGCUGGUGUUCUUCGUGAUGACGGGCUACAAGUUCCGUCCCGCCGCCGCCAACCCCUACUUCACGCCUACACACAUUGACGACGUCGAGCCUCAAGUUCUUUCAGACAUUGGAGUGCUCGAAGGCGUAACACGGAUAUCGAAUCGAGGCGAUAGAAAACGCGAGGACCUACAACCGCUCAUGCAGGAAACUAACUAUAAUUCUGAUUAGGCUUUAAGCAUACUUUUUUAAUCUAGCUAUUAGGUUGUAAGCACACGGGGAAGGUCAAACCAUACAAUCUACUAACAUACCCCAGCUCUCUGAAAGGGGUCAUCCAUUAAUUACCUGAUGUCUUUCGGAAUAAGCAAUCCUCUGGUGAUAAUCCUUUUUUUCUGAAUGGUAAGAGACGAGGAUCUUUUAAGCCUAAUGUAAUUAAUGGAAGAUCCCCAAGGCGUAUUGAUGCCUGUAAUAUAAGUGUAAAUUUAUCAAUAUAAUCCUCGAAUCGAGGAAACUUUUAAUUCAAUUUUUUCAAUAGUGCAUUGUCUAAAUACGUGUAAUUGUAAAAUAGGUAAUAUAAAUGUGUUAUUAUAAAUCGAAUAAUAUAAUUGUGAUAAUUAGACCAUGGUACCUUCCCCAAGACAGAAGUUAAUGCUAGUCCCUUUCCGAUGGCAUUUCUGUACAUCACAAUGUGCAGUCACCUAAACAAAUUGUUGACUUUACAUUUAACAUACAUUAUUUACUGACAGAUAUACUGAAUCCGUGUUACAAUCAUUUCUUUCUAAGCAUUAAUUUAAUUUUUCGAAAUACUUCUAAGUUCUUUAAGGGCUAAUUUUGUAGAGAUAUACAAUUAUUACUAAAUUGAAUUAACUUUUGUAAAAUAGAAUAUUAAUAUUUGUUAUAGAAUAUGGCGUUUUAUGUAAAUGUGUAUUGUUUUGGAGAUUUUUGUGAAAUAUUAGAUGGAUUUAAUUACUUUAUAUUAUUUCUAUAAGGAGUUACUUUAUUAUACAAGAAUAAAGUGGUAAUAGUUAGAAAAAGUCUUAAACCGUUCUUGAAAGAAGGACGCCAAUUAGGCCGAAUCUUAUCCCAGGUGUUUAAAGUCCUUAGUUAAGCUAGAUUGAGUUUAUAUAUAAAUAUGUAGAUGUUUUAUUUCACGGAAGCGGAUGAGCCAUACCUUCUAUUAUGUGUAAAUGUACAUGUAUUGUCUUUGUAAGCGUCAGCUCAAGAGCACUCAGUCCGAGUCGGCGAGUCAUGUAUGGCGAGUCACAAAGUGCAAGUACAUUUACACACACAUGUAUGAUUCACCCGCUUUCGUGAGAUGAUGCACCUACACGUACAUAAGGAAUUUCAGUGUAAGUAUUAUUAUUACUCAAGUUACCCAACCUGUUCUAGCUCUAAGAUCCUUAUCACAGAACAGUGUUGAAGUAUGUAUAGUUCUUGGAUUUUUUUGGGCUUAUUUUAAGUAUUUGCGAUAUGAGUGCUUAUUUAAAUUUUGUGAUAGGGGUCUUAAUGCCUUUAAUAUUUGAGCGCUUUCACGCAAGUGAUUGUAACCGUUAUUUUUCAAACGGUAGUUGUCAAUUGUUCGCGGGAGACCGAAAAACCAAUCGGUUAAUCCUCUAGCGUGGAAGCGCGAUUUGUCCAUUAACCGAAAUUUCAUAUAACUAAUUACAGCAGUUCUUCUUGAAAGGCUAUGGACUGCAAGAUUUUAUAUUAAUAACGUAUUUCAUAUUUUCGAUUGUAAAUAAGUUUAGAAAUCUCAUAGCCAUACUUUCAGUUGGUAAGGCAAUAUACUAUUUAUCCGUGACCUUCCCGUAUCAGAAUAGGACGUAAGAGAUCCUAUAGAUCGUAAGAGUAGGCCUAGUGCAUUCCACCAGCACUUUGGGCUACCCGCAAGGUGGCGGACGAACCACCUCAAUAGCAUUCCCAAGGGUUAGCGUCAGGCAGGCGGCCGGCUGUAAAACUUAUGCCAAAACAAAUUGCAUUAUGUUAAAGUCUGAAUAUAUAAUGAAUAGAAAAGUAUGGAAGGAGAACAAAUGCUGCGCUGACCCCAAAUAAAAUUGGGAUAAGGGCAGGAGGAUGAUGAAGGCAUAUUAAGGAAUAUUUUUUUAUUAGCAUUGGCCAUGUACACAUAUUUAUGUUAGAGCCAUGCUGAUUGUUUUUUGAACCAACCAUACAUUUUAUAUUUGACGGUAUAUUAUAUUGUUUUACCGACUCUAGUUAUGGCACAUAGAUAAAAAAAUAAAUAAAUCUUUUUGUAUAAAAAAACUGUUAAGACUUUUGAGCAUAUUUUCUUUUUGUUUCUACAUAUUUAGGUUGUGAGUACGUCCCUCGGUGUAAUUAUUUCUUUAAUGCUAUUUCUCUUGACUGUAACUUGGCUGUAAAUUUAAUAUAUGUUUGAACUGAAAUGUUUAUUAUGGCAUUGAAUGAUGAAAGUGUGGACCUAUUCUACUUUUACUAAUGAUCAUCACAGAUGAUGAAGUUUAUCUUUGUAAGAUUGUUUAGCUCUCGAUAGCACAAGGUCGGUUCUUCACCACUGGCUAACUGCAAUACAAUCAAACAUGUCGAAGUUGAUGCCCGAGCUAAUAGUACCGGUGAAGAUCUCCUGUUCAUCCUCAGUUGGUUCCUGUGUUACUGGGGGCUUCUCAGGCUGCCCUCACCACUGCCGCAAUGACGCCCUCGGCCCCCGCUCACCUUUAUCCCGCCUAUCUUCACUGUCACCAUUUUCCUUAUCUCGACGUUCCCUCUUUUUUUAGCGAGGGCAAAUAUCAUCAAAUGACCCCUCCCGCUGUGGGUUAGCAGCGGCGUUGGAGUGUCAGACUCUUACUGACUAAAAGUCCAUCGCGUUCCGUCGUGAAGGCUGACGCCUAUCUUCACUGUCACCCUUUCCCUUAUCUCGAAAAGACAUACAGUGAUAUUGACUUUCCCUUGUAGAUGUGAAAUAUUCAAGAAUUUGUAAAUCUCCACUUUUCACGCCAGACUGCAUGCGUACGAUUAAAACCAUUUUUAAUUUUAUUUAAUAAGUUUGGGUGAUUUUUAUGAUACGUAUUGUAGUCUCCACCCGUUUGAAGCAUACCUCGUUGCUGAUAAAAUGAAAAAAAAAACGGGUGUGUACCUUUAACAAAAUGUAUAGGUAUUCUCAAAAAAAGAUAACCAGCCGGAGGCACACAAAGAUUUGUGGGUCGUGGGUUACUGAUUUUCCUGUAGUCACUUUGGCAGGGAUAAGUACUCCCCUGCAGUUGUGGCGAAAUCCCGCCGCUGCCUGGCCGGAGACGGGUGUUGGCCGAGGGCUGUAAGAAAAGAAUAAAAGAAAACAAUCGCAUAUUCUGAUUUGUCUGAUGUAAAAUGUAAAUAUUUGAACGUAGAUAAGGAUAAAUAUUUUUUAAAAGCUAUUUUGUACGUGCGCAUGCAAUCAGCCUAGUUCUCUUACUGUAAUGAUAAAUAAUUAAUCUAUUCACGUUUGUUUGUGUUGUCCAAGCACCAAUGGUAAUGGACCAAAGUACCAUUCGCUAGACUAUUGUAACAAGAUGAAUAUUCAUACUUUUAGGAAGAGUAUAAUCUUCCCCAUUUAUCGAUCAUUUUGAAACAUUAAUAUAAUUAAUCAAAUUAUUUCAUGGCUUUGUCUUUCUCGAUAUUUUAUAGAUCUGUCUUAUUUUAUUAAGUCGACGUAUAAAAACAUUCAUAAGUAAUCAUGAUUUUGCAAUUUGCAAUUUGACAUUGUUUUUCCUUCACGCGCAUUAAAAUCUUCUAAAUGACGCAGAACAAUGAACUCUAUUACCUUCGUUUGAAUAGAAAAUAUACAACUUAAUUUUAUUCAUCCGACAUUGACGUUUUAUACUCUUCCUAUGAGUUAAAUCUAGCAUUUUUUAUACAUAGAUACUAAUUAGACGAAAUUGUGCCCUAUGCGCUUAAAUUACGUAUGCAUUUAGAUAUGAAUUCCUUCUUAAUGUGAUCCUUCUUGUAUCCUGAAUGUAAAGUAUCCCGAGGUUUUGAAAAGUUCGCGCUACGAUUUAACUCCGCUGGAUGCGGCCCUAUGGUCAGGCAGGCGUAUAGUUUAGUAAAAGUUCUACAUUUUUUGCCGGAUUUGAUUCGUGGCGCGCACUUUAUUAAACAUCAUUUUGUAGGUUUUAUUUUCGCAUAGUGUAGGAGCGUUCCUUUAUCAAAUGACAUUAUUUUUUUAUUGGUAUGUUGAUUCUAAACUCGUGUUGUCUCUCAGACUAUGUUUCUACGUCGGGGUACUUGUGUUUUGUCAUCUUCAGUAAAGGCUAAGUAAAUCUAGUAACGUGCUAAUUAUACCAAAUUGCAAUAAUAAAUACAAUAACUAUUUAUAAUUAUAUUAGUUUUAGCGAUCAUCUGUUGCUUAGAGGGCCUUACGUUUCGUCGUUACUUAUUGUAGGGACAGCGAACUAUUUAGAUAAUGGGUUUGCGAUCUGUAUCAUAAUUGUACAAAAUAAAUUGAUAUUGAUUA